AUGGACACACAACAACCAUCCAGCACCCGCCCCUUCCUCACCCUCUUCCCCCGGGAAAUCCGCGACGAAAUCUACACCCACCUCCUCACCUCCCUGCCCCAAAGACUACAAUACGCCCAACCCAGCGACCCCUCCCCUUUACCACCCCUCAGCUCGCGCCUUCCACCCUACCUACGCCUAAACCGCCAGAUCAACCAAGAAGCCACCGAGGUAUAUCUGCGCCACACCACUAUCGCUGUCAACGACGUAAUCAACCUGGAACUAUGGAUGGUCGGCAUGCCAUCCAGCGCAUGGAGCUGUAUCCAGCACCUCGAAAUAGGGACUGUGCGGGAGACUGCGCAUGUACCGCGGCUGAGCCCUGUUUGGUAUCGUGCUGGAAGUGUUGUUGAUGUGGUGAAGAGAUGUCCCGGCCUGAAAGGUCUUACUGUUGGUGUUCCGGGAAGUAUGUUUUUGAAGAAGCAGAUGAAGGAUGAGGAGUCGCAGGGCGAGAAGACGUCGCGUUUGGUUAAUGAAGCGACGUUUGGGGAUAUGGCGGUACUUGCAGACAUGGUGGGUUCUACGAGGCUGCAGAAAUUGGAGUUGGUGUGCGUUGAUGGUAAUGAGUACUACUACGCCGAUCUCGAGGACAGCGAUGUGAAGCCGAAUAAGAGUCCGACUUGGACUGCUUUGAGGGACGCGGCUCAGAUUUGGGCUGAGGACUUUGUUGAAAAGAGCAGGAUGAAGGGAAGUAACGUUGAUGUACAGGUCAAGAUUAUUCCGAACUUGGGGUGGUCAUGGAGGGAUGAGAUGUGCUUUUGGCCGAAGGGACGUGUCACAUCCUUUCAGUAUCUUUGCUGGUUUGGGUAA